GCAAAAAGGUCUAGUGCACAUUCUUAUUCAUAGGGGCGUUGGUCUCAGUGAUGGAUCGAUCUGAAGAACACCUUAAAGACCUUCACGUCGGUUCUGCAAAGGUUGUCUGAGUGUGCUCGGAUCCGUUGACACGCCCAUAAGGGGUUGAAGCGCCGGGCUUUACGGAGCGCACUCGAGACGCGGCGAGAUACCGGACAGAUUCCUGAGGUGCAAUUUAGUCCGAGGUGGAAAAGAAGCAGAAAGGGAAGAAUAACGGAAUUUUCCCCCUUUUUUCACUCUAUUACUCGAGGAGCAUAUUGAAGAGCCAAUAUGCAGAAUCUGAGAUUGCUCGUCUUAAGCGUGCUGUUCUACUCAGCAUUCUCUGCAACUCUAAAAGGCCAAGAAGCGUCCCAGGCUCUGUUUUUUGGGGAAGACUUCCACAUCCCCUUGCCUGCAGGUAAAGCUGACGUGUCGUUCAAGCCUUCGGUCGUUCCAGGACGUGAGAAGUCACUGAUGAGAUCUGGUGAAGUGGUUGAUGUUCGUGCCAAACUCAACACUGCUUUGACCCACCUGAUCUUGGAAAAUGUUGGAGAAAGUGAUGAAGGAGUCUACACCAUCUCAUCUGACCAAACCGCAGGGGAUGUUACACGCAUCAUACUCUAUGUUAGAGAUUGCUUUAAUGAGGACAUUGUUUAUUAUGGAUCAGAUUUUCAUGUUUCGCUCAAUGAUAUCUCAGACACGGUGCAUGUGGGCUUUCGUCACAGCUCAGUGGAGGCAAAUCAGACUUUACUACCGGCUAUGGAACUGAUGAAUGGAGCACCCAAGGAGAAUUACCAGGGCCGCAUCAAGAUCACCCCUCAAAAGUUCACUCUGCUUGCCGUUACAGGGGCUGAUGAAGGUAGUUACACCUUCAGCGAUUCCAUUGGGAAAGUCUUGAAGAAGAUCUGCUUGAAUGUUAAAGCACAUCAGGUAUUUGAAACCCUUACAAACGGUGGCACUCUGAAAGUAAACCUGCACUUAGAUAGUUCCUUAGCUCGCCUGGUGUACACAAAGAAGUCUGAUAACCAUAAGUAUUUGAUUAUGGAGAAUGGAGAGCUCAUACUGCCUCCUAACCUGGAUCUCGAAGGUCGCCUCUCUUUGGAGAAUUCCAUGUUUCUUCUGACAGAUGUGAAGGCCAGUGAUGCCGGCGUUUUCAGUGUGACUGACCUUCAGGGAUUCCUGGUGUCUGAUGUCCACCUGGAGAUGGAAGCAUUCACGCUUCCUAAACUCUACAUUGCCAUCAUCGCUUUGGUAGCAUUAUUGGUGUUGCUGCUUUUGGUGUGCUUGGUGUCAUGUUUGGUGAAGAUACGCAGACGUGCAGCAAAGGCCAGAGCCAUUGAGGAGAAAGCCCACAAUGCAGGGAAAGUGGAGGGAGAGACCUUCAGGAAGGUUGUGAAAGAUGCCUGUACCCGUCAGAAUGAGGAAGCCCCGGCCCUGUCACAGAAAGAAGACAUCACUGAGAAAUCACAGAGCACAGAGGUCAGCAUUAAGGGUUUGGAGGUGUCUACUAAAGAGCCAAGCCUACAAGAGAGGAACAUGGAGACCAGUGACUCUGGAGUGGGCUUUAAUACCACUGGGCUCCCACUUGAUAGUGACACUGAUGCCCCAACAAUAGCCAUUGCAGAUUCUGAUGCAUUGAGUUCCUCUGCUGCCCCUGACGUCAAAGCCAUUCCCAACCAAAUUCCAGAGCCAAAGACUGCCUCCUCACCUCCAAAACCAGCACCAACUUCCGAUCUAAAACCAGCACCUGUGGCCAAGACGACGGCUCCUCCACCACCUUCGCCUGAACCUAAACCACCAGUAACUCCAUCGCCUGAACCUAAACCAGCAGUAAUGCCAUCACCUGAACCCAAACCUGCUGCUACACCUGAACCCAAACCUCCUGUUACACCUGAACCAAAAAUUACCAUCUCAUCACCACCUGAAACAAAACAGACCUUAAGCCCAGAACCCAAGCAACCCGUGAUACCUGAUCCGAAACCAACAAGUCCAGUACCUGAGGCCACAUCAACUGAUGUUAAACCAAUUCCAAGUCCAACCCCUGAAUCUCCAAAAGCAUUAAUGCCAACUCCUGAUGCGAAACCAGCCAUUACUCCAGAUGCCAAACCAGCAGUUUCACCCACUCCUGAACUCAUACCUGCUAAAGUUGGCACUCCUGAACAGAAACCCGCCAUAAGCCCCACACCUGAUCCAAAGACUCCGGAUCCUAAACUGGUUUCUCCGAUCCCUGAGCCUAAACCACCAGUCUCACCGAUUCUCGACUCAAAACCAACUACAAAUGGUACUCCCGAAUCCAAGGAGCCAAGUGCACCUUUAUCUCCUGGCCUGGAUGUGAAGGGCACUACCCCUCCAAAAACCCCUGAAACUGAGAAAAGCUCAGUCAAAGCUCCCGAGCUCAUCUCCAGUGGAGGCCUGGACUCGGCUUCUCCCAAUGACAGUGCACCACCUGCAAGCACUGAUGGAGCUGCCACCAACUGAGAUAAAAACCCUAGCCUAGUUCCUGCCUCCUCCUGUAUUAACCACCACAGACAAUCUAGACACUUGACUUAAAGAAAAGCUAAAAGUCUUCCUAAGGGGGUGGGUUCCUCAGUCUUUUGAGUCUCACUUUUAAUAUGAUUAACAAGCAUCAAUGGAAAGAUCCAUUGUAAAUCCACUCAGUUUACUAAUAUUUAAUCACCCCAUAGAAGGGUUCGAAUACAGAGAUAAAGCACUUCAGACCUUACACCGUUGGCUGAUUUAAUACAAAAUGAAGGAGACGAUCUGGGGUAUUCCACGAAAGUGUACAAAGACAAAUCUUCCAUCACAGAAAUAAUACAUCACUGCAUGAAGAUAUUGAGAAAAUAAACUCUAUCAUCAGUUCUGUAAUCCAAAAAAACUGUGGUUGAAUUUGGAGAAACCCACAGAAGGGCAUGGGACAUUAAUCAUUUUCAUUUCUGCUCCAUUUUGACAAGGCGGAGAAUCUAAAUUGCAGGACUGAUACUGAGAAAGUGGUGAGCCAACCAUCUGCUUUCCGAGGACUGGAAAGAUUGAAAAACCAUGUCACUUCGAUGCAU